GGCGGGGGGCGCGAGUGGGCCGGGGCGGAUGAGUCAGCCGUGUAGUCAUGACAUUUCUGGCUGGUGAGCGCAGGCUGGCAGCCAGCACGGGCGGGCACGGGCUCCGCUGCCCCGCGCUGCCUCCUGCCUUACCAAACUUGGUGCGGGCUGCGGUGCCUGGGGAGCGCCGUGCGGGGCGGACAUGCCAGCAAUCCUGCUCUUCUGGAGCCGCGCGGAGAGGUACCGCUGCCCUCCCUUCCCCGGCAAACAAACUUUUCUGCCCUUCCUCUGCUCCUCACGCCCGGGUUUCCGAGCCCCGGGCUCCCUCCGUGUCUCAGCCCGGCUCUCGGGGCUCGUUUGCAGGGACGGGGUUCUUUCCCGUCCCCGCCGGGAGUCUGCAAAGGGGGGGCUUCGUUUGCUUGCGGGAGCCCCGGGACGAGCCAGGGAGCGCGGGCUGGGAGGAUGCUCCCCGUUAUCCGGGGCAGGCAGCCGGGCGUGCCGGGGAGAGCUCGCCCGUGUGCCCGCAGGGGACCGUGCCGGCAGCCCGGAGCCGCCCCGACGCCGGGGUGACGGGAGCCUUCGGGGUAUCGGUGAAAGCGGCUGCACCAAGACAGCAAAGCGUUUGGGAGCCGGCUGCCGGGGAGGGGAGGGGAGGGAAGGCAGGGCUGCGAGAACAGCGCAGACACGUUUAACCUUGAGUCUUCCCGGGGAGGACAACCGGGUCUCGAGCGGCGAACGUGACUUUUCUCCGACUUCGCCGCGUCCCCGCUUUGCCCGUCUCUGAUUUGUCUGCGGGGAAAGCGGCGCUGACACGGCGGAGACGUCAAGCCAUUUGUUUCUGGCGCAGCCCGGGGACCGCCAGGUCCCCAUCCUACCGGUCGGGCAGGGAGCCGUCGCGGUCUCCCGAGGGCGGGUCGCUGGGACGCGGGGUCCCGCCGCGCUCGGAGGCUGGCCUCCGGAGUUAUGGGGCCGGCGCUCGCGUCGCUCAGUCCGAGGAAACAGCGAGAAACCAAUUAGAGGAAAAUUGCCGCUUGUCAAGUGACUUCAUUGAAUGGUUUCUUCCCCCGUGCGGGCCCGGGGAGGGGAUUGCCGGAGCGCGCACAAAGGAGAGCGCGUCCGCCCAGGACGCCGGCUGCGAUCGGAGCCGCGCUGCCUGUCCUCGGAGCAGAGUUCGGCACGGUGGUUCCUGCGGAUGGGAAAUGCCUCGUUCUCCCUCGACGCGCCUGCCCUGCGCCGGCCCGCUCGUAGGUGUUGAGCCGAGCCCCUCGGCGCUGCGGGCCCGCGCCGCGAGCGAGCGAGCUCGCUCCUCUCUGCGUCCCGUCCCGUCCCGUCCCGUCCCGUCCCGCCGGCCAGGCCAGGCAGGGGUCUGUCUGGGUAGCCCUCAGCUCUGCAGGGGUGAAGCAGCUCGUUGCCAGCAUUGAUGUUUAAAAUAAAGCUGGAGCCUUUAAAAAUGACGGCCUGGACUCUGAAUGCGUUCAUGAAGUUUCGGAAUAAGUACUCGGCUGCGGGCAGCAACGCCGUCAUGGGGAAGGACUAUUACAAGAUCCUGGGCAUCCAGUCCGGGGCCAACGAGGACGAGAUCAAGAAAGCGUAUCGCAAAAUGGCCCUGAAGUACCACCCCGACAAGAACAAGGACCCCAACGCGGAGGAGAAGUUCAAGGAGAUCGCGGAGGCCUACGACGUGCUGAGCGACCCCAAGAAGCGGGCCGUCUACGAUCAGUAUGGGGAGGAAGGUCUCAAGACUGGCGGCGGUUCCUCCGGCAGCUCAGGGAACACUUUCCACUACACCUUCCACGGGGACCCCCACGCCACCUUCGCCUCCUUCUUCGGCGGCUCCAACCCCUUCGACAUCUUCUUCGCCAGCAGCCGUUCGCGGAUGUUCAAUGGCUUCGAGCAGGAGGACAUGGACAUCGACGAUGACGACGACCCGUUCAGCGCCUUCGGCCGCUUCGGCUUCAACGGGCUCAGCGGCGUCCACCGGCGGCACCCGGAGCCGCUGCACACGCGCCGGAAGGUGCAGGACCCACCCGUCAUCCACGAGCUCAAGGUGUCCCUGGAGGAGAUCUACCACGGCUCUACCAAGCGGAUGAAGAUCACGCGGCGGCGGCUGAACCCCGACGGACGCACCAUGCGGACUGAGGACAAAAUCCUGAACAUUGUCAUCAAGCGAGGUUGGAAGGAAGGGACCAAAAUCACCUUCCCCAAGGAGGGCGACGCCACGCCAGACAACAUCCCCGCCGACAUCGUCUUCAUCCUCAAGGACAAGCCGCACUCGCACUUCAAGCGGGAUGGGACGAACGUGGUCUACACGGCGGCCAUCAGCCUCAAAGAGGCGCUGUGCGGCUGCACGGUGAACAUCCCCACGCUCGACGGGAGGGUCAUCCCGCUGCCCUGCAACGACAUCAUCAAGCCCGGCACGGUGAAGAGACUGCGAGGGGAAGGGCUGCCCUUCCCCAAAGCCCCCACCCAGCGGGGAGACUUGAUCGUGGAGUUCAAAAUCCGCUUCCCGGAUAGGAUAGCGCCGCAGACGAGACAGAUCCUCAAACAGCACCUCCCGUGCUCCUAGAGACGUGGGGCGCCGGGACCCGGCAGCAAUACGUCUCGCCCGUGCCGCGGCCUCCGCGGAGCACAGGUGCCCGAGCGCACUUGCACAUGCAAAAAAACCCCUUUCCUGUCCCAGGUCCUGCCCCCUUCGCCUGCCCUCUGUCGUCUGCACCGGCCGCGCGGGGCGCGGGCUCCCGGCCGCCUCUUGCCGGUUCUCUUGGCUGCGAUUGUUUCUCUAGGGGUCUAGCUUCGCCGCCGCGCCCAGGGAGGUUCCUCACACCGUGGUUUUGAUCUCGCACGCUUCGACGUCGCCGUACUAGUGCGGGCGGCUUCAUGCACUGUAAAUAGGACCUUGUGUCUCUGCUGCCAAGCUCGCCGCGGCUGGGUCCCCGCCGGGACCAAGAGACUGGAGGAGUCCCGCAGGCGCGUGGGGCAGAGAUGCUGCAUCCACGCACCCUAGCUGCUGUCUGGUGUGGACCCGCGGCAUCCCUUGUUCGCUGCGGUCCUUUCUGCCGUGCCGAGAUCACCGGGGGGUGGACUGUGCCGUAUGAAAACGCAGCACUUCCAAGUGGUCGGUUGCGGCUGCCGUCCCCCCUGCACCCUUCUCACCGCCUUCGCGGCUCAGCAUCCACUUUGGAGCGCGUCAGACCGGCAUCCCAGGCUGCGGGGCGCCGAGGUGCACGCAUGAAGGGAACAGAAGGGGUAGCGUGGCGGUCUGUGGGGGCGAGCUGUCGUGGCAAGGCGUGUUGAGUUUGCAUUGCUGCUUUUCUGUAUAGACUCGCAGAGGGUUUUCUCUGCCCGCUGUGGCUUUCCUCGAGUGGUUUGUUCCUGACUCUUGCAGGGAUCAAUUCAGCCAUAGGGAUGUCGUGUCUGCUGGAGCAUGAGCUGCGUGGAGUACGAGGGUGGGUGUGAAAGCAGAGCCGUGGGGUCUGCUGGCAUGGAAGGGGUGGAGUAGCCAGAGGGGUGUGCAUGUGUGUGCCCUUUCUACAGAAGGGGCAAGUCGAGGCUGUCUUUCUGGGAUGUGCGGAGCAGCGCCAGGCAAGCUGCCCGAGCAGGUUGGGUUUUAAAUGCCAUAUUUUUUUAAACUUUGGAUUCCCGCCGGGAGAGUUUUUAUAUUCCUCCCCCUCCCGGCAUCUCCUUCGCACAACAACCCCGCUUGGGCGCGGUGUGGAAGCUGAUCUUCCGAAGAGGCAGGGCGAAGACAUUGCCAAAAUCGUGCCCCCUUGGUCUGCAGCGAGGGGCUCCUUCGCAACCCUGCCGGGCUGGUGCUGAGUUCGCUUCCUGGCUAAACGGCUCCAGGCGCCCGCGUGCGUCUCGGGGAGGGUCGGGGCAGCGCGGCGUGCGGUGUACAGAUAGAUGUACAGUUGUCGUGUGUACAGAAGCCUGCAGCCACCCCGUGGAGAAGCGAUGAUGAUCUCAGGAGCUCAAAGGCGCAGGUGAGGGGCGCGGGGUCGAGCGGCUGUGUCUUUCUUGGGUUCGUUGAGACCUUGAAUGUUUUAUAGUGGGGUUUUUUUGUAUUUCUUUCCUUUUAUUUUAUUUUAUUUUAUUUUAUUUUUUUGUAAUGUCAGUAUUGAGAAAUAAAGUAUUUUAAAAAAAAUAGCCCGUCUGGGU